AUGGUCAAGGACACGAAAUUCUACGACACCCUGGGCGUCGCUCCUGACGCUUCCGAGGCUCAACUCAAGUCGGCAUACCGCAAGGGCGCUCUCAAAUUCCACCCUGACAAGAACCCCUCGCCAGAGGCCGCCGAAAAGUUUAAGGAGCUGUCACACGCAUACGAAAUUUUGGCCGACUCAGAAAAGCGCCAACUGUACGAUCAAUAUGGUGAAGAUGGACUGGAACAAGGCGGUAUGGGCGGUGGCAUGAACGCUGAGGAUCUGUUCUCGCAGUUCUUCGGCGGCGGUGGUGGUGGCUUCGGUGGCAUGUUCGGCGGUGGCAUGGGUCGUGAGACCGGUCCUAAGAAGGCUCGCACCAUUCACCACGUUCACAAGGUCUCGCUCGAGGACAUGUACAAGGGCAAGAUCUCCAAGCUCGCCCUGCAAAAGUCUGUCUUGUGUCCCAAGUGUGAUGGUCGUGGUGGCAAGGAGGGUGCCGUCAAGACUUGCACAGGCUGCAAUGGUCAGGGUAUGAAGAUGAUGAUGCGUCAGAUGGGUCCCAUGAUCCAGCGCUUCCAGACUGUCUGCCCCGACUGCAACGGAGAGGGCGAGAUUGUCCGCGAGAAGGACCGCUGCAAGCAGUGCCACGGAAAGAAGACCACAGUUGAGCGCAAGGUGCUGCACGUCCACGUCGACAAGGGUGUCCAGAGCGGUACCAAGAUCGACUUCCGCGGCGAGGGUGACCAAAUGCCUGGCGUUGAACCUGGUGAUGUUCAGUUCGAGAUUGAGCAGAAGCCUCACCCUCGCUUCCAGCGCAAGGGUGACGACCUCUUCUACCAAGCCGAGAUUGAUCUGUUGACUGCUCUUGCUGGUGGCGCCAUCUACAUUGAGCACCUCGACGACAGAUGGCUUACUGUUGAGAUCAAGCCCGGCGAGGUUAUUUCUCCCGGUGAGAUCAAGGUCAUCAGAGGUCAGGGUAUGCCCUCUUACAGACACCACGACUUCGGCAACCUUUACAUCCAGUUCGACGUCAAGUUCCCCGAGGUCUUGACCAGCGCCGACGGACAACCCAUGACCGAUGAACAGAAGGCUGCUCUCGAGAGUGUCCUGCCUCCUCGCUCGCCUCAGAACGUUCCUCCUCCGGAUGCCAUGACUGAAGACUUCUCGCUCGACAAGGUUGACUCGAACCGCGAGGGUGCACGCGCACAACGUGCUGCCAUGGGCGAUGAUGAAGACGAUGAGAUGCACGGCGCAGGUGGCGAGAGAGUCCAGUGUGCUUCUCAGUAA